CAAACCUGUUUUCAGUGCAGAGAAGAACAAGAACUAACAUAAGAACACUCUCAAGCUCUCAGGUGUUCCUUGACAAUGCCGCUUGCGAGCGAGGAAGCUGUGGCCAAGGCGUACGAUGGAAUCGCCAAGGAGUACAAUGUGAUGAUGGCGGUGGAGGUGGAGACGCCGUUCUACCAGGAGCAGCUGGCACAGUUCACAAACGCGGUGUGGCGCGUGAUGUGCACGCGCCCACGCCCAAUCGAGGAGAUGGAACUCGCCUCCUGGUGGGUGCUGGACGUGGCGUGCGGCUGCGGCAACAUGCUGCAGGCCGUCAGCGCCAAGCUCCCCUGCACGCCAACCACGGGCGACGCCAUUGACACGGUCACGGCUGCCAUGACGUCGCACCUGGCCAGCCUUGGUAAAGCACAGUCGAGCGAUGGCGACAGCGCAUGCAAGGAAAGCGAGCACGAACGUGGGCAGGAACCAGACAAGCAAGACAGGUAUGCGGAUGGAAACAGUGGAGAGAACAACGACGAGAAAGGCGGUAGUCGGCAAGCCGAAGAAGCCCUUGAUCGAGACUGCGACACAGCUGCGAAUCCGAAAACGACCAGUGACUGGACACAGGUUGUCAAGGCGGCGUUUUGUGAAUGGGCGCGCGUGCUGGCACCAGGCGCACCGCUGCUGCUCGGCUACUGGGUUGGCGAUGGCAAGCCUUACUUUGAGGAGGGCUUGCAAGUGGACAUUGUCAACCACAGGAGCGAUGUCAUCGACCAGCUCUUGCUUGACGCCGGCUUCGCCAUCGAUCCACACAACGUGAAGCGACAAGAGUACAAGAGCAUUGGCCUCGCUGCUCUCCACCUCAUCGCAGUCCGCAACGGUUGCCAGUCAUGA